AUGAGGCCAGGAACUGCUCCAGUUACCAUUCCUUCUUCAGCUAGGCUUGAUAGGAAUCCACUCCCUCCUUUUUUUUCCCCAAGAAGCACGAGACGCUCACCUACUUCGCAAGACUCUUUGCCUGGGAUCGCAUUUUACAAGAGCUCCAGAAGCGGAGACUCUCCUUCUGGAUUCAUGAACCAAUACCCUGGCCUGAAGUAUUGCCUCCCGUGUUCUUUGGACUUCUUGUCUUCAAGUGGCUCACCAAGAUUCGGGUUCUCAAGGAGCCCCAGUAGAUUAUCUUCUCAAGAUGAUUUGGAUGACCCUGAUUGUUCAUGCCCUUUUGAUUUCGAUGUUGACAAGUCAGAGCUUCAGUACAGGGAGAAAGUCACAGGAUGCAGCGGUUGGAGUUCUAGUUCAAAUGCUGAAGACAGUACCGCCAUUACGGCAAGACUCAAGCACAUGGCGUCAAUGUCCGGGGUUCAGGGAGAAGGUUCAGUGUCAGGCAUAGAAUCUGAAUUUUCGAUGGCUCUUAGUACAUCAGAUGCAAUAGAGGAACUGAGAAAAUACAAGCAGCUCAAAGAUUUGCUUCUCUGUAAAUCCAAGAGUGUUGGUGAAGCAACACCUGUCCACUAA